AUGGCAUUACUUCUGCUGGCAUUCCUCAGCAUCGUGGCCAUAUUCAUCUAUCGACUCUACUUUCACCCGCUGGCACGGUACCCAGGUCCUUGGUACAUGAAGGUCAGCCCGUUGUAUGACUUCUACAUUGGCGUGCGGGAACGUAGACAUCUUCAUUUCCUUUAUCUACAUGAAAAAUAUGGCCCCAUGGUUCGUUACAGUCCGAAUUCCUUGGCCUUCAACGAGCCUCAGGCUUUUCGAGAUAUAUAUGGCUUCAAGCGCAACUUUCGAAAGGCAGACGCAACAACCGUGGGCGCCUCUAGUGACCCGGACGCGCAGAGCACAUUCAGUGAGCCACUGACGGAGAAGGCUAUGAAGAAGAGGAGGAUCCUUUCGCAAGGGUUCUCGGAGUCGGCAUUGCGAGAUGCUGAAGAAUUCAUGAUUGAGAAGAUCGACAUCCUCUGCAAACAGCUGAUCAGCCCCUCGACAGAAAAGGCGAAGGACAUGUCGCUGUGGCUGAACUAUCUGGCCUACGAUAUCAUGGGAGAGGUUGUCUUUAGCAAGAGCUUUGACAUGUUGACCAACCCUUCCUUACGAUAUGUGCUGGACUUGAUCGAUUCCAUGGUGUUUUCCACAUUGCUGGGCGGGAUCGUACCUUGGAUCUACAGGAGUGGCUUGAUCAACGUCCUAUUUCCCCGACUGCUACGUACACGAACGAAGUUCAUAGCCUACGUGGCCGGUGUGGUGCAAAACAGAAUUGCUGCGGAAGCCACCCCUGCUGCGGGAAGACGCAGAGACUUUUUCCAUCAUCUCCUCAAUGCCAAAGAUGCAGAAACAGGCAAGCCGCUACCGAUCGCAUCCCUCUUCUCGGAAGGAGUGUUGCUGGUCGUGGGUGGGAGCGACACGAGUUCUACAGGCAUGGCCGCCACACUUUUCUACCUGCUCAAAUACCCCGAGUGUAUGAGCAACCUGCGUCAGGAACUCGACAGCAAAUUCAAUAGCGUCGACGAGAUCAAAUCUGGCGUGAAGCUUACCAGUUGUGUCUACCUACGAGCUUGUGUCGACGAGGCGCUACGCAUGGCACCCCCAGGGCCUGGUGUUCUCCCGAGGACGGCUUUGAAGGGCGGAGAAACCGUGAAUGGCGAGUACAUACCAGAAGGCAUCGACGUUGCAGUCGGCUGGUGGGCGCUGGCGUACAACGAGAAGUACUUUCCGGAGCCAGAGACUUUCCGACCAGAGCGAUACCUCACGAACGACGGAAGUACGGACGAUAAUGACAUCACGUCGGCGAAAGGUUGCUACUGGGCGUUCUCGAUGGGGCCUCGCAAGUGCCCGGGCAUCAAGAUGGCGUAUCAGGAGAUCUACCUCACGAUCGCGAGACUGGUCUAUCUUUUCGACAUGCAUCUCGAGCGGCCUGAGGAAAUGGAGAAGAACUUCGAGCUGCUGGACCAUUUUAAUGUCAAGAAGUCGGGGCCCACGGUGUCGUUCACGCUACGUCCGGGGAGAGAACUCUGA